UGAAGCAGGUAAAUAAUGGACGCAGAUGAAAAGCACAACUCGAGUACAAACGAGAGAUCGGUGGAGGUUCCUAAACCGCCUUCCAUCGAGGAUUUUGUCGUUUUGAAGCCCAUCAGCCGCGGUGCUUUUGGCAAGGUCUACCUGGCACGGAAGAAGUGCAAUGCACGGUUAUAUGCUAUUAAGGUGAUGAAGAAGGCAGACAUGGUUGAUAAAAACAUGACGGGCCAGAUGAAGGCAGAGAGAGAUGCACUGGCUCUGAGCAAGAGCCCCUUCGUGGUUCACCUGUUUUACUCCCUGCAGACGGUCACCAAGAUUUAUCUGGUAAUGGAAUACCUCAUUGGUGGAGAUGUCAAAUCUCUCCUUCAUAUCUAUGGUUAUUUUGACCAGGACAUGGCUGUGAAAUACAUCUCAGAGGUUGCACUGGCUUUAGACUACCUCCACCGCCAUCGUAUUAUCCACAGGGACCUGAAGCCAGACAACAUGCUUAUAUCCAAUGAAGGUCACAUCAAACUGACAGACUUUGGCCUUUCUAAAGUCAAACUUGACAGAGAGCUGAGUCUAAUGGACAUCCUAACUACCCCAUCCUUGGCUAAACCAACAAAAGAUUACUUCCGCACUCCGGGUCAGGUCCUCUCCUUAAUCAGCUCCCUUGGAUUUAAUACACCUGCAGGAGAAGGCAAGCGUCACUGCAGUGCGUCUGCUGUGUCCAGCCCCAUGUCCUGUGGCAAAAUAAAACAGAAGAAUAGCUCUCUUGGUUCUCCUUUGAUGAAGAAAAAAGAUCAGCUGUAUUCUGCAGCUGGCUGCCCUUGGAGAUUGGGACCUAACGGUAGUGUGUUUAGUCCUCAUAAACUGGCAAAAAAUCUGACUCCCACACUGAUGAAGUCCAGAAAGAGGUUUGAGACGAUGAGUGCAGGCAGCACCACCGACACUGAAGGAGGCAUCAGUCCACUGUGGGAGUGUGAGGAGAAAGAAAAUGAACGCAUCAAUGAGCAGAAGGGCAGAGGCCAGUCUGAGUCCAAAGCACCUGAACAGGACUGUGAACCCACAAAACUGGGCACCUUUGGCUUCUCUGCUAAAGCCACAAGCAGUUUGUCAAAAAAGUCAAGUCAAGAUCAUCCUGCAGAAAAAAUGUCUCAAACCAACAAACUGGAGUCUGUCUGCACAUCUCCUGAAAACAUUUCUCUAUCAACGAGAAACUGUCAACCUGCAGCUCCUCUGUCUGUGAAGAGAACAUUUUCAGACGUAGAAAUAAGUCCAGAGCAACAGCAAGUGAGAAGCAAGAAAAGAAACGCAGACUACAAAAGGUUCUACGAGAUUCCAGAGGAGACUAUGAGGUUUCACACCGGCCUGACUGGAACGUUCUCCACCAUCCAAAUAGGCGACUUCACUGAGGGGAUCGGGGGAGCUGAACACUGGAUCCCAAAGCGCUCCAGUCCCAUCGCCAUAACCAAAAGUCUGUUUUGUGAACUGGAAGAGCCGGCGGAGGACGUGUUCGAAGAUGCAGCCAAAGACUUGUCACAUUCCAGCUUCACAACACCUGGGAAAAGCAACAUUUGCAGGAGCUUGAGCCUCGACUCUGACGGGUCUAUGCAUGAAACUUCUCUCCCUUUUGACGGCCACGCAUCUUUCCAGCUGAGCAAGCCUUCCAGGAACAGGAGUUCACCUGAAGAACAAGAGGAGAAUAAAGACACAUCCAUAACUGAGUCACUCCCACAAACCCCUGUUACCACUAAUGUAACACCUAAACUGGAUCACUUGGGGCAAAGAAGUGAAUCCCAGUGUUCUUUUUUCAAUCGACUCCCCGACCUGUCUUUCGGUGCGGCACGGUCCCCCUUUUUUCUCAAGCCUCGAAAUGUCGUAGCUUUCCGCAGCUACUGCAGCUCCAUUAACCGCUCCAACAUGUCGGGGGUGUCUCGGCUCAGCCUCGGAUCCGUGGAGGCGAUGGACACGUCCAUAGCUGCUUCUUAUCACUCUGGCACUGUGACACCAGUGCAGAAAAGACCCAGCUCCAACAGCUCUUUGGCUCAAACUCCUCAGGCCAUGUCCACCUCCCACACCCCCUUCAGGACUCCAAAGAGCGUCCGACGGGGUGCGCUGCCCGUUGAGGGAGCGCCCAUCUUGGGAACCCCUGACUAUUUGGCUCCAGAGCUGCUUUUGGGUAAACCACAUGAGUGCAUGGUGGACUGGUGGGCGCUAGGUGUGUGUCUUUUCGAGUUCCUCACAGGUGUGCCGCCUUUCAAUGACGAGACGCCUCAGCUGGUCUUCCAGAAUAUCCUCAACAGAGAUAUCCCCUGGCCUGAGGGGGAGGAGGAGUUGUCUGUAAACGCGAGGGACGCCAUUGAAAUCCUGCUGACCAUGGACAUGACAAAGCGUGCUGGUCUAAAGGAACUCAAGUGCCAUCCCCUGUUUGACGGCCUGGACUGGGACAACCUGCAGAACCAGCCGAUGCCGUUCAUACCUCAGCCAGAAGACGAAACCGACACCUCGUACUUCGAGGCAAGAAACAACGCUCAGCACAUUGCCGUGUCUGGCUUCAGUCUGUAGAGUUACGCUCUGGAUAAGUUCUUUUUUUUUUUUUUUAAAGUAGCACUGAAUAAAUUUUGGCGGUUAAUGAUGUGAGAAUGUUCUCAGUGUUCUCGCAUCACUUGCUUUCAGAAUGACCAUCCUUUAUACAAGUAAAAACACUGUAAUGAUUCUGAUUGAGUCUCUGCUCACGGUUCUGAUGUUUUAAAAGAAUAAAUUUUACAUUUGUGCAAUCACCACACGGUCAUAAAAACCAGAUAGUUACAAGUAUGUAGUGUCAAACGUACAUGUCUUUUAGCGUUACUGUGUCAGUCUCUUAAAUUAGGUCCUUCUACUAGCAAAAUAGGAUUUGCUACUUCUUUAUCUGCUGCUGCUUUAUUAUGUUGUUGUAUUACCUUUACAUGCAGAUACACUCCUUUUUUUUUUUUGCUGUAAUGUUCCCCAUUGUUAGCUGACUGGGUGGGCAGGCCCCUCGAAUUUCUCUCUGAGGGGUAGAAUGAAGAAAAACAUCCUAAUAUAUUCAUAAAUAACGUAUUUUAAGUGUAAAUUUUGUUCAUAUGUGUAUUUAGCAUCAUAGUUUUACGACAGGAGGGCUACUUUAUACUCCAACAGGACUGUUUUUGAUGUUUUUAUGUCAUUUCUGUUUGUAGUUUUGAUGUGAUUACUCUUCACUUUUCCACACUACUAGUUCAACCUUGUUACUUGUGAAAUUUUAACUCCAAGAAAAAGGGAAAAUACAAAUAAAAUGUGUUUGUAACAUGA